GGGCGGGGCUCUGCGCUGCCAGAGGCGGGGCCUGACUGGAGAGCGGCCGAAUUGGGCACAUUUGCGGGAACGCAGAGCGGAGCGUGGAGAGCGGAGCGAAGCUGGAUAACAGGGGACCGAUGAUGUGGCGACCAUCAGUUCUGCUGCUUCUGUUGCUACUGAGGCACGGGGCCCAGGGGAAGCCAUCCCCAGACGCAGGCCCUCAUGGCCAGGGGAGGGUGCACCUGGCGGCCCCCCUGAGCGACGCUCCCCAUGAUGACGCCCACGGGAACUUCCAGUACGACCAUGAGGCUUUCCUGGGACGGGAAGUGGCCAAAGAAUUCGACCAACUCACCCCAGAGGAAAGCCAGGCCCGUCUGGGGCGGAUCGUGGACCGCAUGGACCGCGCGGGGGACGGCGACGGCUGGGUGUCGCUGGCCGAGCUUCGCGCGUGGAUCGCGCACACGCAGCAGCGGCACAUACGGGACUCGGUGAGCGCGGCCUGGGACACGUACGACACGGACCGCGACGGGCGUGUGGGUUGGGAGGAGCUGCGCAACGCCACCUAUGGCCACUACGCGCCCGGUGAAGAAUUUCAUGACGUGGAGGAUGCAGAGACCUACAAAAAGAUGCUGGCUCGGGACGAGCGGCGUUUCCGGGUGGCCGACCAGGAUGGGGACUCGAUGGCCACUCGAGAGGAGCUGACAGCCUUCCUGCACCCCGAGGAGUUCCCUCACAUGCGGGACAUCGUGAUUGCUGAAACCCUGGAGGACCUGGACAGAAACAAAGAUGGCUAUGUCCAGGUGGAGGAGUACAUCGCGGAUCUGUACUCAGCCGAGCCCGGGGAGGAGGAACCAGCGUGGGUGCAGACGGAGAGGCAGCAGUUCCGGGACUUCCGGGACCUGAACAAGGAUGGGCACCUGGACGGGAGUGAGGUGGGCCACUGGGUGCUGCCCCCUGCCCAGGACCAGCCCCUGGUGGAAGCCAACCACCUGCUGCACGAGAGCGACACGGACAAGGACGGGCGGCUGAGCAAAGCAGAAAUCCUGGGUAAUUGGAACAUGUUUGUGGGCAGUCAGGCCACCAACUAUGGCGAGGACCUGACCCGGCACCACGACGAGCUGUGAGCCCCGCGCACCUGCCACAGCCUCAGAGGCCCGCACAAUGACCGGAGGAGGGGCCGCUGUGGUCUGGCCCCCUCCCUGUCCAGGCCCCGCAGGAGGCAGAUGCAGUCCCAGGCAUCCUCCUGCCCCUGGGCUCUCAGGGACCCCCUGGGUCGGCUUCUGUCCCUGUCACACCCCCAACCCCAGGGAGGGGCUGUCAUAGUCCCAGAGGAUAAGCAAUACCUAGUUCUGACUGAGUCUCCCAGCCCAGACCCGGGGACCCUGGCCCCAAGCUCAGCUCUAAACCGCCACCAACCCCUCCAGCUCCAAAUCUGAGCCUCCACCACAUAGACUGAAACUCCCCUGGCCCCAGCCCUCUCCUGCCUGGCCCGGCCUGGGACACCUCCUCUCUGCCAGGAGGCAAUAAAAGCCAGCGCCGGGACCUUG